AUGGCCAACCUCAUCGAUCGCAUCGAAGCGACCCUCCGGGAUGUCCCCGACUUCCCCAAGGAAGGGAUCCUCUUUAAAGACAUCACGCCAGUGCUCCAGGAUGGCGCGCUGUUCAACGACAUCACCGAGCACUUUCGCGCCAGGUACGCCGAUCAAAAGAUCGACGCCGUCCUCGGCAUCGAGAGCCGCGGCUUUAUCUUUGGCGCGCCGCUCGCCAAUGCGCUCGGCGUCGGCCUGGUGCUUGUUCGCAAGCCCGGAAAGUUGCCCGCCGACAAGGUCGGCAUCGACUACGAGCUCGAGUACGGCACCGACCGCCUCGAGAUGCACUCGGACGCGGUCAAGCCAGGUCAGCGCGUCGUGGUCAUCGAUGAUUUGCUCGCCACCGGAGGCACCGCUUCGGCGACCGUCUCGCUCGCCAAGGAGCUCGGCGCCGAGGUCGUCGAGUGCGCCUUCCUCAUCGAGCUCGGCUUCCUCGCCGGCUGUGGUACGGAGCCGCAGGAGCCUUCACUCGAUGCGACCCAGCACCAGCCCGAGUACGACGAUGUUCAAAUCCCCCUCUCUUGCGAAGGCGUCGACCUGGAGGAUGAGUGCGUCGAGCCCAUGCCAGAGGCCGUUCGUCUUGAUGCUGAGGAGCGCCUCGGCUUCGAGGAGAUCACCUUCGAUCGCGAUGCCAUGGCGAUCAAAAUGCGCCUCGCGCCUGGUGCCGAGCUGCACGAGAAGAUCCGGCCUGGCGCGCCGAUCUAUCGUGCUCGGCGCGACCGAAAGCCGUUUAUGGCUAUCAUCGAGUCCGUCGACCGACGCGAUCGUGAGGUUCGGAUAAAGGUCCGCAGAGCGGAUUUCGAAGAGGUCUUCAAGGAGGGGCGAGUUCACACGACGGUGACCAUCACCCAGGAGAUGAUGGUCCCAGCCGAUGCCGUUGGCCCCACCCAGGAGAUGGCAGAGAUGCAGGAGCGUAUGCAGGGCUUAAACCCCAUCGUCGGGUUCGACUGCACCCGAAAAUUGAUCGAUGAGGGUGUGUUCGUGCGAAGUGACCUGCUGGCCAAUAUCGAGCUCGAGCUCGAGCAGUGCCACUUCUCGUUGACUGGGGACGCCACCGCGAUCUUGCAAUGGGGCCCAAACAGGACGACCUACUUCGAGGUCAGCUUGAGCGCAGGGUUGGAGCUCAUUCUCGAAGCAGCGGCGUCGGUUACGUUGGGAGAGGGGCAGUCUUUUGUUUCCCUCGAGCAAGAGAAGAAGAUUACAACGUUUUCCUCUAUCGCGCUUCCAAUCAAAGGCGGCUUGUCGUUGAGCAUCAUCCCCGAGCUCUAUGGCGGUGUUUACUUCAAUAGCAACACUGAUAUCCACGCCAGCGCAGGGUUUGAAUACGAUGCGUCCGCUACCGUGGGGUUCUCCUGGACUGGAGGAGGGAUUGGCUUCAAAGACCUCACGAAAACCGAGAGCAACUUCCAACAAAUCGGGCCCGAGUUCUCCCAGUCAGGUAGCGCUACUUUCGGAGUCUACCUCAAGCCACAACUGACCCUUUCGAUCCUGGGGACGCUCUCGGGGAACGCGGCGCUCAAGGGCUACGCUGAGGUCACCAGCGACGGCACUGGAGAGUUUAACUCCGAUGGGGAGUUCGAGGGAGAACUCUGCUACGAACUCUAUGCUGGCUUUACCCCGAGCGUCGGGCUCGAUCUUCAAAUCCCGAUCAUCAAGACCAAGCUCGUCGACAAGGACUGGGAGUUUAAAGGAAAGGAGUACAAGCUCGCCGAUGGGUGCAUUGCCUCCGACGUGCAGCUCGCGUCUCCUAACUGCGGGCGCGGCACGGAGUGCAGAGUGGACGCAGAUUGUAUCGGACCAGGCGUGACGUCGUGCCAGAUCUACGACUGCAACAGCAGCUGCACCUGUUCUGUGAGCGAGCGCCCCGGGUGUUGCUCCACGAACGAGGAUUGCGAUGAUGGUGUCGCCUCGACUCUCGAUGUCUGUGAUAAGAGCGUCGGGCUCUGCCUCAACAGCCCGAUCACGGGCUACUGUGACCAGGACACGGAUUGCAAUGAUAACUCGGUACUCACCGAAGACCUUUGCAUCGCCAACCGAUGCGAGCACAGGAGAAACACGACCCCAAACCCUGAGGUGAAGGGACCUGGGCUCCAGUGUCACAUUCACUCUGACUGUGAUGAUGGCGUCGAUUUCACGGUAGAUUCCUGCGACUAUAACAAGUGCAGCAAUGUUGUCGACCGCACCCAGGAGCCGCGCUGUGAGACCGAUGAUGACUGCAAUGAUGGCGUCGUCUUCACCGAGGAUACGUGCCAGCUUAACGGCGAGUGUCGCAACGAGUACAUACGCCCGGAUACGGUUCAGAUGUGA